CCAGAUUCUACUGGAGACGCAUUAGCCCAGCCCAUGGGCUUACCAUUCCAGCUUCUAGCACCAAGCCCAGUCAAGCUAACCGCGCGCCGCCGCCACCACAACCCUAGCACCGCCGCGGAUUCUCGUGCCCAUCUCCCCGCUGUCUGCCGAUCCUGUUCGGGCGCCGCUCCUCCUCGCGCCCAUCUCCUCGCUGCUCGCUCCCCCCAGCCCCCUGCCGGCGUCGCCGCCCACCGCCACAUCGUCGACACCGUUACAAGUCAAGCACAUGUCCAAAGCACGCAAUGCUUUAGUUGCCACUGGCUUAUUGGCCUUCGCUGGUGCUGGCUUAGCAUUUCCAUUUCUUUUUGUGAAAUCAAAGAGCAGGCCUAUCAUUGAUUCAUCAAAACCUCUGCCACCACAGGCUACUUUCCGAGGACCAUAUGUGAAUACUGGAUCACGUGAUAUUGGACCUGAUCCUACCGACUACCCUAAGAAGUGAUCUAUUCUUUCCUGACAUUCGAGGUACCAUUUGUCUUCUCUUGGAGAGAUCACUCAAGGCCACAACUCUGAAAUAGUGCUACGAUAUCUUGUAUUCUGUGCGUCCUGAUCAUUGUUGGUUUCGGGACAUCUGACUGUGCUUUGCAAAAUUUCAGUGUCUCCAAUAAAAAUAAAUAUUGUAGACCUUUGCUGGUAUAUUACUGUUAUAUUUUAUUACGGGUGCAUAUAGGAUUAGUUGCAUUUUUUAUAUGUAUUAAGCAGAAUAUUCGAGAUAUCCAUGUAAAUUGGCUGUAUGGAAGUACCAGGUGCAGAUCCUUUAUAGUGUA